AUGAAUACGAAAAAUGUCACGAGGGAGGAAAAGAAGAAAGAGAAGGAGCUGAACGAGGCCAGGAAGGCCGGCAAAAUCGAAGCCCUGAAGGAUGAAGAGGGAAACGACAUAAACCCCCACAUGCCCCAGUACAUCAUAAAAGCCCCAUGGUAUCUGAACCAGACUGCACCAGGACUGAAGCACCAACGGUACAAGGGUACCGACAAGGUGAAAAUAGAAGAGGAAAGAAACAAAAAGGUGUAUGUGAAGGACCUGAAAAAUGUGUCCGAUUUUUGUAAAAACUGCGGAAGUGCAACACACAAGGAGAAAUACUGCCUUGAGAGAACGAGGAAGAAGAAGCUUAACUUUGCCAACAGAGAGAAGGACGAUGAUUUUGUGUGUCUGACGCAGGACUUGGGGUACGACGGGAAUAGGGACAGGUGGGUGGGUUACAACCCGGACCACUUCGAACACGUAUAUAAGGAAUAUGAGAAGAUCGUGGAGGAGAAAAAGAAGAGAAAAGCAGAGGAGCUGAAGCAGAAGUAUGAGAGGAAGGCCACGACGGGGAAGAAGAGGCGCAGCGGUGGUGCAGACGGUGCAGGUGACGCAGGUGGUGAAGAUGGGGACAAUGUUAAUGACCAAUCUGGCAGCGAUAGUGACGACCCAGAGGAAGAUGACGACGCAACGAAGGUAACCACCAGGGUGGAGGACCCACAGAAGAGCAGUACCAACGCAAACACCAGUGAAAAACACAGAAACGUGGCUAGAAAUUUAAGAAUCAGGGAAGAUACAGCCAAGUAUCUGUAUAACCUGAGCUUGAAUUCAGCUUUCUACGAUCCUAAAAGUAGGAGCAUGAGAGAAGAUCCAUUUGCAGGCAUAAGGAAAAAUCUCCCCGAUGACAGCAAUCACUACAAGGGAGAAAAUUACUACAACAAUACAGAUGAAGCAAUAGAAUCGAAGAAGCUAGAAAUCUUCGCAUGGGAAACCUACAAAAGAGGAGAAAACGUGCACUUCAAUGCACAGCCUACACAACUUGAAUUGCUGUAUAGAGAAUUUUUAGCUAAAAAAAAAAAACUCAUUAAAAAAAAAGAAGAAGAUAUUUUAAAAACGUACAAGUGUGAAAAUGUUGCAUCUAACGAUGCAGCGUUAGGGGAGGAACUCACUCAGUCGGAGGUCUACACAGAAUAUAAACCAGUGGAUCAGAUCGACCCAAAAGUGAAAAGAAUUAAAGUCAUGAGUAGGUACGAGGAGGAUAUUCACCUCUUUGACCACUCUUCCGUUUUUGGCAGUUACUAUGAUAGGGAGAAAAAGAAGUGGGGGUACCGGUGCUGCCGCUCCACGAAUAAAUUUGAAAAGUGUUUCUCCUCCUGA